AUGGAUGUCUCAGGCUUAGAUGUUAAAAAAUUUCCAGUCUCUUGCCGCCGCGUGACCCUGCUGGUCCUGCAGCCUGGUCAGCGCCUGGCCCACUCGGAGCCUCCGCGCCAGCGCCCCGCGUCGACCGUAGAGGUGGCUAUUGCCCUCGUGGUGCUUUUUACCGCCUUCUUAACCCCCAGUGGGUAUGUGCUGAGCAAUAUGAACCAGUUCUGA